GGAAGCCUUCAGUGUAAGUCAAACAUGUCUCGAAAAAUUCGAAAUCCCCAAAACAUAGACAAGUGGUUGGAAGGCCUAGACUUGUACAGAAAAAGCAUUGCUUACGAUGAGACCUGUUUAUUUAGAGCUGUGAGUGAACAGCUAUUUGAGUGCCAAAUAUACCAUGAAAGAGUUCGCACAGAGUGUAUUGCGUUUGCGAAAAAUCAUUUUGAUCAAUUUAACCAUUUCGUUCCAAAUGAAGAGCUCUGGAUGGAACAUCUGCUCAAAUUGGAGAAACACAUGUUGGUCUGUGGAGAUCUAGAAUUGCAAUUAAUCAGCCGCACCUACAAUCGGGAUAUUCUCCUUGCCGUACCCAAAGAACAGGAAAUAGUUGAUAUUACCAAACGAGAUUUUCCCACCACUCCUCUAAUGCUGUGCCUUGUAGACGAUGAUCAUUAUGAUGCUGUGUACAAAAAAGAGCAAAUCAACGACGCCGGUUUCUGCCAAUCCAUCGUCUAUAAGUCACUAUAUGAACAGGUGUUUGAGAUCCCAAAUGUGGAUCAAAUAGCUAAUGCAAUGCUCUUCAACAAGGUUGCAGUCAUCAGCAAAGAUAAGCAUGAAGAGAAGCAUGGCGAAGAAGAGCUGGUAAUUAAGGAUAAUCUGGAUAAUGCUAUUAUAGCUCCAUUUCCUUAUAAGGUGGCCAAAGCUCUUCAUCCAGAUAUUUACAGGAAUAUUGAAUAUGAUUCUUGGAACAAUAUGAGAAAAGAAUUUAGACUUGCCAAUUGGUACAAAGGCGACGAUAAACUAACCAUCGGUACCAAGUGCGUUUUAAAUGAUGAAAAAACUGGUAAACCGAUGGAAUGUUACAUUCAAAAGUUGGACAAAGAAGAAGACAAAUGCAUGGUUUAUAUAACCAAAUUGGCUGAAUUGAAAUGGGUUUGCUAUCUAGAUUUAGCUCCAGAACCUAAUGCAAAACCCUGGCCGUUACCUCAUAGAUUCAACAAAUCAUUUGAAACAACGCCCACAACCAAACUGGCCCCAAUGGAGAAAAUAAAAUCAGCGCGUCGAAAAAAUAGCAACUUCCAGCAACAAAGUGCAAGUGUUGGCGAUUUGCCCAGUAUCGAAGCUGAUGUUAGGAACUAUACUGGAGUGACGCUGCAAAAAUUGGAUAUUCGAAAUAAUAACUCUGAACCUUCACGAGAAACACACGAGGCGAACAGCUCGGAAAGUCUGACCGCGCCUAGUACUACUCAAUUUUCCGAAAGAUGUCAGUGGGAACCAUCUUACGCUUAUUAUCCACAAACACCUGACUCACAAGACUCCGCCCCGUAUGGCGAAUAUAAACCGAUGAUGGCCUCCGCCCCAGUAACACCAAAUGUUGUUCCCUACUAUGAUACUUCGUAUCCAUUCUACUUCAACUAUCACAUUCCCCAUUAUUCUCCGUAUCCGUUAACGCCUCUUACGCCGUUGACGAACUCAUCGGUUGCGCAAAAUGCCCCGGAACAUGUUGGGGAACUGUUAGAGCCUCCACCAAACUAUCUAGUGAACCCAUGCGGAUCGCCACAUGACGUUCAACAAAAUCUCACCCCACAGAACUUCGCGUAUGUUCAACAGCCGAUGGAUUUGAGCCCUCAAGUUCUCAACUACCCUCCAGGGUCAUCGGUGAUUUACACAUCGAUUCCCCAAGGAAAUAUGACCAUGGUGGUGCCUACGUCCCCCACAGUCGUGUAUACUCCAACCAACCCUAUUCCAGCCCAUAUGUCCUACAUGACCACAAAUUUCCACAAUGGAGAUUCUUCGGUUCCGCUGUAUCAGCCGACGAAUGAGCACGGGUUUAUUUUUCACCCGCGGGAAUCCGCUGUAGAACAAUUAGUCUAAAACUGUUCCUUUGCAUUAAAAGUAAGUAGUACCUUUCUACUAUUCAUACCGUUUCGGUGCAAAGUCUUAAUUUAUUAUUUAAGGUUUUCUUUUGAACGGAGUAAACACUUUAUUUUUUUGGGUGGAUCUAAGGCAUUCUGGUCAACGUGAUUUAGUUAAAUUUCCCUUAAAAAUUGAUGAUCGUCUGGUGCUGCAUCGCAGCUCAUGUCGUUUACCAUCAUCCAUUUUUUCACCUUUUUUUUUAACCGAAAAAGUUGUUAUCAACGUAUCAAAAUUUGUAUACAAUUUGCAAUGAUUGGAACUGGAAUGUCUUAAGUCUCGAUUUCAUGCAACGGAAGAAUGUUUAGUGCAAUCGCUGCAAAGCUGUGAUUCUACCCGAAAGGUGAUCAAUCUUAAUUAAUUAAUUAAUUAAAUAGUCUUCUGAGUGACUUUCAAGUUAGAAAUUAGUUAAUUAGAAGCUAAAACCGUUUGUAGCUCAGUACAAACCUUGGGAGAAACAGAACUUUAUGUUAGUUGCAAUAUUCAGAAUUUGUUUUUUAAUGUAUUAAAUUGUUUGUAAUUAAAAA